ACUCAGGCCCUGCCCCCUCGUAGUGGAAUUCAUUGUUCGUCUACUCUCCUGCUAAUAUUAAUAGCUAGCAGGCUGCAGAGGCUGUUUUAGCUAGCUACAUUACCUCUUGCAAGAAAGUAAAAUAAGAAUACAAUAUACUUUAGAAAAAAGCUAGAAUACAGAGAUGAGUAAAAGGAAAGCGCCACAGGAAUCCCCAAACGAGGGAAUAACAGACUUUCUUACAGAAUUGGCCAACUAUGAGAGGAAUGUCAACAGAGCUAUCCACAAGUACAACGUCUACAGGAAAGCCGCUUCAGUGAUCUCCAAGUACCCCCAGAAGAUCAAAAAUGGGGAGGAGGCCAAGAAACUGGAGGGAGUUGGAAAAGAGAUCGCUAAGAAGAUAGAUGAGUUUUUACAAACAGGAACACUCAAGAAGUUGGAAAAGAUUCGUAAUGAUGACACCAGCUCAUCCAUCAACUUCCUUACCAGAGUUACUGGUAUUGGUCCGGCUGCUGCCAGAAAGUUUUUUGAUGAGGGAGUGAAGACCCUGGAAGAUCUGAAGAAAAUUGAACACAAGCUCAAUCAUCAUCAGCAGAUUGGACUCAAGUACUUUGAGGAGUUUGAGAAGAGGAUUCCACGAGCUGAGAUGACGAAGAUGGAGACCUUCAUUCUGCAGGAGCUGGAGUUGCUGGAUACUGAGUACAUCGGGACCAUCUGUGGAAGCUACAGGAGAGGUGCUGAAUCCAGUGGGGAUAUUGAUAUCUUGUUGACCCACCCAAACUACACCUCUGUGGAUGAGAAACAGCCCAAACUUCUCCAUGCCGUGGUGGAACAUUUUGAGUCCAUUGGGUUCAUUACAGACACACUGUCCAAAGGAGACACCAAAUUCAUGGGAGUCUGCCAGCUGCAGCAAAAUGAUGAAGACGGGGAGGAAUAUCUUCACAGGCGCAUUGAUAUCAGGUUAAUUCCUAAGGACCAGUAUUACUGUGGUGUGCUGUAUUUCACUGGCAGUGACAUCUUCAAUAAGAACAUGAGAACUCACGCUCUGGAGAAAGGCUUCACUCUCAACGAGUACACCAUCCGGCCAGUGGGGGUCACUGGUAUGGCCGGAGAGCCUCUGAUGGUGGACAGUGAGAAGGACAUCUUUGACUACAUCCAGUGGAAAUACAAAGAGCCCAAAGAGCGCAGCGAGUGAAAGGAGGGGUUAAAAAUACACUUUUUAUCCUCACAUGAUUUAACUUCAAAGGCUGAAAAUGGUGUAUGUGUUUCUGUGUGUUUUAGGGAUUCUAUAUAUUUUGGUGUCUGUUUUCCCAGGAGGGAAAAAUAGGACAAAACCAUGAGGUUUCUCCCAGUCCCACUGACUUUUUAUACCAGGUAAUAGAUAUUGAAGUGAACUCUAUCAGUGUUUUUGAAAUCACUAGUAAAUGCAAUCAUGCAUUGAGAACGAAAUAUGCUUUAGAUUGACAAAUCAUUUAGAGCUUCAAAUAGACUUGCAAACACUCAUCAUAUGCAUGAUGUGUUCUUUGAUUGCCAGAGAUUUCUACAGUCUCUGACAAUGCCAAGAGUAAGACAUCAUUAUUUAUUUACAGUGCUGUCACUCAGCAGAAACAUGCAAAUAUAUUUGUAUUGAUGGUGCUGAGGUAGUAACUUAUGUGUCUCAAACAGCAACACAGUGUGUCAGUCUUUCUGCUUUGUGGCUGUCUUGUUUGGCUAGCUAGGCAACAAUGUUGCCUUGACUUCAGAAACAGACUGGCUAAAGCAUAGGGCUGCUGCCAGAUCUUGUUGGUAUGCCUGACUAGUCACUCCUGCAGCAUCUGUGUACAUUGUUGUUUCCCUUACUCACUCAAAGUUAAGAUUUCAAUAUGUGGCAUUUCUAAAUAGAUUUUUGUGUUUCUCAUUCUGCUGGAGUUGACCUAGUAUUUUAUAUCAAACCUACCUUGCACAUCCAGUUGUUUCUCCAUUUGUAACUCACCCAUCAAAAAUCACAAUAUGCCUUUUUAAAUUAUUUGUUCUGGUCUAAUUCCUCAAAUGGAAAAGCAGAAGAAUCUGUGCGCGCUCAGAUAGUAGUUCAUAUGGUGCUCUUCGAUGUCCCAGGUUUGUGGCAUUGAUGAAUAAAUCAUUUUACUUCAA